UGUUUCCGCCAAUCCAGCCUCAGUGCUUCCGAUCAUGCUGGGCUGAAAGAGUAUCUCAGGUGCACGAUGAAUCUCAACACCGAGGUGCAACUGCAAGGAAAUUCAAAAUUUAUUUCUUUUCUUGAUGGCUCUCAAUGGAAUCACAUAUAUUAUAACCAAGAAGGGUUUAAUGUGUUUGCACUUUCCGGAAUUUACGUAACCUCACUUCAUAGUUAGUUUGUCAGGGGUAACAAGAAAAUGAACAUUUUUGGGAGAGAAAUAAUGAAAAAGGUCGUCUCAUUCGGCCCAAGAUUAUCUAAACAGUGUUCAGGAGCAUUAAUUUGCAGCCGGAAUGGACACUCUUACGAAGGUGAUGGGAAGACUACUAUCAAGAUCCUGAACAAAGAAGUGUCAGAAGGACUAAUGAUUAAUGCAUUCAGUCAAAUUGGUUUUCGGCUAAACAAUAGAAUGAAUGUCAUUGGACCCAUGGCAAUCUUUCCACGGAUUGCAUUGUCCUGGAAUGUCGGAUCGUUUGAGGACAUUAACGAGGAGAGUUUGAGUCUCUUCACCGUUCUAGAGCCAAAGAUAGACAUUCUUGUGGUUGGAGUAGGUGAUGAAAAGAUCACCCCUCAAUUUUCCAAAAAAAUUAUGAAUUUCAUGAGAUCCUCGAGGAUUAACGUGGACGUUUUGAACACCGAACAGGCUUGCUCCACAUUUAACUUUCUCAACUCAGAGGGUCGAGUGGUGGCGGGUGCUAUAAUACCUCCGCGCACGUUAAGAUUCACUGAUCACGACCGCUUCCAUUCCGGAAAGCCCAUCCUGCACGAAGGAAAUACUUACGCUGAGGGGCCUUAGGGAGUAACAAAUUAGUAAGAUUGAUCAUAGAAAUAAAUUACUUUACCUGAUGAUA